AUUUGCUCACCUCGUUACAGUUUCUAUAUUUCCUUUUCUCCCUUCUCCGAGCUUCUCCGUUGGGUGAACGACUACCGUUGAAUUGAUUUCUUCUUUUCGAUUCGAUUCUCUCUGCCGAUUACUAAGAUUUAGGACAAAGUUUCAGUUAUGAGUGCAUCAUGGGCUGAUGUGGCUGACUCUGAGAAGGCUGCUUCCAGGGCAAAGCCUGCUUAUGUUCCCCCACAUCUAAGGAACAGGCAGUCUGAGCCUGUUUCUCCUUUGCCACAAAAUGAUCGUCUGGGGUAUGGUGGUCAACCGUCUAGAUGGGCUCCUGGAGGUGGAGUUGGUGGAGGCGGUGGCUACAUGAAUGAUGUAGGGCGUCCCGGCCAAGGUUAUGGUGGACGAGUAAGUGGUGGUGGUGGUGGUAUCUGGAACAACAGAGGUGGAGGAUGGGAACGUGAAGUUAAUCCGUUUGGAGAUGAUGCUGAUCUAGAACCCGCCGUUCAGGAGAAUACUGGCAUUAAUUUUGAUGCCUAUGAAGAUAUUCUCAUCGAGACCACUGGAGGAGACGUGCCUCCUCCUGUUAACACUUUUGCUGACAUUGAUCUUGGGGAAGCAUUGAAUCUCAACAUCAGGAGGUGUAAGCACGUGAGGCCAACACCUGUACAGCGUCACACCAUUCCGAUACUUCUUGCAGAGAGGGAUUUGAUGGCCUGUGCUCAGACAGGAUCUGGGAAGACUGCUGCCUUUUGCUUUCCGAUAAUUAGUGGAAUCAUGAGAGAUCAGCACCUUCAGAGACCUCGUGGUUCACGGACCGUUUACCCUCUUGCAGUUAUCCUCUCACCAACAAGGGAGCUGGCAUCUCAGAUUCAUGAUGAAGCAAAAAAAUCCGCAUACCAAACUGGUGUGAAGGUCGUUGUUGCUUAUGGAGGAACACCUAUUAACCAGCAGGCAGAGACAGAGACACCGAGACACUUGAACACACUGAACUUGCUCCUCAAAAGAUUUGAACAUGGAAGAGUUAGCGCGCCUAAGCACCACCAAGACAAAGCAAAACCGCUGGAGACGCCAAACUCACCAAUGUCCCCAUCUAUCCUGCAAAAAUAUAGAAACUACUUGCUAUACAUGAAAGAUCCGGCCGAGAAAAUAGGAGAGAAAAGGAUGGAUCGUUGGAGCUCCGGCGGAGAAUUGAAAUCUGGAAAAGAUAAACCGAAAAAGUUACCGGAAAUUUUAUGAAAAGAAAGAAGUCGGAGAAAACUAUUUUAAAUAAA